UGGAGCAAGGAGAGAGCUGGAGUUUGAGGAAGAGCAUCACAUCACAUCCUUAGGUGUGCUGUAACAAGCCUAUUGAUUUAAAACAAUAAGAUCUCGUUAUUCAUCCUCAGUCAGCUUUUAAAACAAAGAUGGUAGCAGGAUCAAAACCUUCUGAGAAAGAAGAUGCAGCAAGAGCAUUUACAUGAAUUUUUCAGUGCGGGAGACAGAGAGGAAAUUUUUUCUCCCCCCAUUCAAAGGCAUGUGAAGGAGCUGGAGUGAGCUGGUUGCUAUGGUAACAGGAGGCUGCAGAAGGAGCCCGAGAAAGUGAAAUAAGGAGGGAGAAAAGCUUUUGUUGGUGUAUUUUGUUUUCUGAAAAGAGAUCAGAAGGAAAGGGGAAUGGCGGAUCGUAUUCCUGGUUACGGUGGGUUGUAUGACACCAGCUCCCUGCUGCAGUUUUGCACUGAUGACAGUGUUUCAGCCACAAGUAGCAUGGAUGUGGAUGACCGUAUCUCCUACCUCGAGCAGCGCAUGCAGCUACAAGAUGACGAGAUUCAGGUCCUGAAAGCAGCGCUUGCUGAUGUGGUCCGGCGGUUAGCCCACGCAGAGGAGCAGCACACCUUGCUCAACAAAAGAGCACCCAGCAGAGCCCGUCUCUUCAUGCAAACAUUGCCCUCGCGGCACACCCUCACCAAUGGGACUGCAACACCUCCGAAAAGAAGCAAUGCUAUACCUCAGUCACCAUCCUCACCCAGGAAGGAGACGUCCUCUGCAAAAAGCAAACAUAAAGACUCCAUCUUCAGUGCAGAGGAUGGCUAUGUGAAGAUGUUCCUACGUGGCCGACCCAUCUCUCUGUACAUGCCACAGGCACUGACUGGAACAUACAAGUUGCAGGCCACGACUGAAUUACCAGCCUGCAAACUGAAGAUGGAAUGGGUGUAUGGUUAUCGAGGGCGUGAUUGCCGGUCCAAUCUCUAUCUCCUACCGACAGGCGAGAUUGUUUACUUUAUCGCAUCGGUUGUUGUGCUCUACAACGUAGAAGAGCAGCUGCAGCGUCAUUACCUUGGACAUAAUGACGAUGUGAAAUGCCUUGCAGUACAUCCUGACAGAGUCACCAUGGCAACAGGGCAGGUGGCAGGAACCACAAAAGAUGGAAAGCAUCUUCCACCUCACGUGCGUGUGUGGGAUUCAGUGAGCCUCAGCACGCUGCACGUUAUCGGAUCCGGAGUCUUCGAACGAGGCAUUUCUUGCGUGUCCUUCUCCAAAGAAGAGGGUGGGGGAAGCAUCUGCAGACCUCACUUUCUCCUCGAAGACUGUCUGUCUAACCUCUGUCUGUGUGUUCCACAUUCUUUUGUUUUUAAACAGUGUUCCAACGAGUCAGUGCUGGCAGUGAGUUUCCACCCCACUGAAGCCCAGCUCCUCAUCACCUGCGGCAAAUCCCACAUUUGCUUCUGGACUAUGGAAGGCAACACUCUUUCCAAGAGGCAUGGCAUUUUUGAGAAGCAAGAGAAACCCAAAUACCUUCUGUGUUUGGCUUUUUCUGAAAACGGGGAUGUGAUCACUGGUGACUCAAGUGGAAAUCUGGUUGUUUGGGGAAAAGGAACUAACCGGAUCAGCUCAGCGGUUCAGGGGGCUCACGAAGGUGGCAUUUUCAGCCUCUGCGUGCUGAAUGAUGGGACUCUUGUGUCCGGUGGAGGGAAAGAUCGCAAAGUCAUCCUCUGGGACAGGCAGUACCACAAGGUCCAGGAAACCGAGAUCCCUGAGGCCUUUGGCCCGGUGAGGACAAUUGCAGAAGGAAAAGGUGAUGGAUUAUUUAUUGGCACAACGAGGAACUGCAUCCUCCAAGGCACACUGAGCGGGGGAUACUGCCCUAUUGUACAAGGUCAUACUGAUGAGCUGUGGGGACUCUCUGCACACCCGGGUGAGGACAGGUUUGUGACAUGUGGGCAAGACAAGUUGAUCCAUUUCUGGGACUCCAAGUCACACCAGCCAGUCUGGAGUAAGAUUCUCGAUGAUGCAGCUCAGUCAGUUGGUUUCCAUCCCAGUGGGUCUGUUAUCGCAGUGGGAAUGCAAACUGCAAGGUGGAUGGUAAUUGAUGCUGAAACAAAGGAUCCCAUUACUGUGCACACCGAUGGGAAUGAGAAGCUGUCUGUGAUGAGCUAUUCUCCAGAUGGCAAUUACCUGGCCAUUGGAUCGCACGACAACUAUGUUUACAUGUACACAGUGGCUGAAAAUGGCAGGAAGUACAAUCGAGUGGGAAGAUGUUCCGGACACUCGAGUUUUCUAACACAUCUGGACUGGUCGACUGACAGUCGCUACAUAGUCACAAACUCUGGAGACUAUGAGGUCCUCUUCUGGACUCCUAACUGUAAACAGGUGACGAGCAUGGAUGUGGUGCGGGAUUUGGAGUGGGCAACUUCUUCCUGUGUACUGUCCUUCCAGGUCUUUGGUGUCUGGCCAGAGGGAGCUGACGGGACUGAUAUCAAUGCCAUUUGCAGGUCGUCCGAUGAUCAACUCCUUGUCACAGCAGAUGACUUUGGGAAAGUGAAUUUGUUUUCCUAUCCGUGCUUGCACCCUCGGGCGCCAAGUCACAAGUACAGUGGCCACAGCAGUCAUGUGACCAACAUUGCCUUUCUCCAUGACAACGCCAGUCUGAUCUCCACUGGUGGGAAGGACAUGAGUGUCAUUCAGUGGAGCGUCGCUUAGGUUACCGUACUUUAUCCAGUGAUGCAAUCCAGCCGUGUGGGUUGGGAGGUGCCAGGGCACUGCACAGCAAGAUUCCAUCCUUCAGUGCCUCAUUAGUCAUCAAUUCUCUUUUGUUUUGCGGUUUUGCUGAAUUUAUUUUUUUAGUGGGAAGCAGACGGGGUAUCUAUUGCUCUUCCCCUACCCUCAGCACCUGCACUAUGGCUUUUAAAAAAUUUCUUUAGCCUCCUUGGGCCAGUUCCAACUCGGACAGUCCUAUAGCUGCAUUGAAAUGAUUCGCAGUCUGUCUCCAUCACCCCUGCUGUGCUAAAGUCAUUGCAUUUUUUUAAAAAAAAAUCAAUAUAAGAAUCCAUUCUGGAGAUCCCUUUUUGUAAGCAGCUGGUUCCUGUAGGGAUUCUAUUCCAAAGGAAUCCCGCAAACCACUCUCUCAGCUGGACCCUACAAGGGUAAGGGGGUGUGUAGGAGAGGGCACAGGUCUAUUGUUGCUCCAAGGCUAUCCUGAUUAGUCUGAUGAUUGAUCGAUUUGAUUUGCGCCAACACUACCCCGGCCUGUGUUUUUUUUUGGGGGGGUUGUUUAAAGGGAUCUGCGCCACCCUAGGUCUCCAAACUGGGAUUUUGUGAGAGGCAUUUCCAUCUCUGACCCACCGCCCCUCCCAAAGUUGCCUUCCUGCUACGUUCAAACGGAUGGCCCAAUGCAGUGAAAACUCUGGGAGCCUUUUCCUCACCCUCUCUGCUGAAGGACGGGACACUGUUUCCAAUUCUGCGACAGACCCUUUUCACGGCUGGAGCCCGUGGGGAAUCUUCACGGGGACACCCUCUGUCUAAAACCAUCAGGAGUCAACCAAACGGGCAAAAAUAGUUCUCUUGUAUUCAAUUUAUUUUCUAAAUCUGCUGAGAAUGUCAUGGCUGACCAUUCGAUAUUUGUUUCUCUCCGAUUGUCACCUAGUUUGGGAUUCCCAGACUAGUCCCACAAGAUAGUACUUGGGUUUGUUAUUUUAAGUGAGAGGUGUGGGGUUAAGAAGUGUUUUUGCUUUUGCCAUGUUGACUGCAGUCCCUCGAUCAAUCAUGUAGCAUGGAAGAGGCCCUUCAGCCCAUCAAGUCUGUGUCACCAUGGGAACCCAACUGGCUCAUGGGAAUUCACUUUCUUGUUGGACUAACACAUCUUCCAAAUGAGUGUGUUUUUUCCCUCUUUUUCUACCACCCCCCAAGCCCAAAGUUUGAUUAGAUAGCCACAGGCUCUGAUCCUAUUUCCACACUAUGGAUUUACAACCGGGAAAGCCUGUCUAACAGGCCAUUAUCCUUUUUUUUUGCUGUUUCUAAGCACAGUAACAAACGUGUAUGCACUAAACUUCCAUUCGCACCAUUUAAGUGCCAAUGUUAUCAAUCUGCUGACCCGGCAACACCACACGGCCAUCACCUUGACACCCAACUAAAGCAGUUGGAUGGGAUUUAUCAGGUAAAGGCCUGGUUGACAGCAGCAAAGCCGUUUGGUUGUUAACGGAUUCCCGAAUACAUUUGUUACCCUCUACCUGUUUUGGCUGAACCAUGGUUUAAAUCCCUCCUGAUGCUCCUCAAAUGUGCUCUCUCUCUCACUGUCAUUUAUAAAUCUGAUCUCACCAAUCUCCCCCACAUUCUGAGAAUGGACUUUUUUUUUUAAAAAGUGUAUACAACUUAACUUAUUUAAGGAUCACAAUGAAGAAAUACAAAUGGAAAA